AGUGCAGUGAUAUUGUUCGUCCAGAGACGUUUCUGAACCAGUUCCUCUGUUAUGUGGAUUUUGGAGUUUGGAGAAAGUGGAGCGCUUUGGAUAUCCAUAUAACGGAGAGAAAACCACUUGCUGGCAAUAGGUGACUGAAGGUCAAAGGGUUUGCAAGAUUUGAAAGAACAAAUCUAGUUUCUACAAGAUCAAAUCUGAAUUAAAUGGCUGAUAAACAGAUCAGUUUACCUGCCAAGCUGAUCAAUGGAGGGAUAGCUGGGCUUAUUGGGGUCACCUGCGUAUUUCCUAUUGACCUGGCAAAGACUCGCCUACAGAAUCAACAGAAUGGCCAGAGGAUGUAUACCAGCAUGUCCGACUGCCUCAUUAAGACAAUCCGAUCCGAAGGAUAUUUUGGCAUGUACAGAGGGGCUGCAGUGAAUCUGACGCUGGUGACUCCAGAAAAAGCCAUCAAGCUGGCCGCCAAUGAUUUCUUCCGACAUCAUCUUGCUAAAGAUGGGAAGAAGCUGACGCUGCUGAAGGAAAUGCUGGCUGGCUGUGGGGCAGGGAUGUGCCAGGUGAUUGUCACCACUCCCAUGGAGAUGCUCAAAAUCCAGCUGCAGGAUGCAGGCCGAAUUGCUGCUCAGAAGAAACUCAUGGCGGCGCAGGCACAGUUCAGCCCGUCCACCAGUGCUGGGGCGGCGGAGUCUGUCAUAGAGACGCGAACAACAGCAACGCAAAUUACGAGGGAAUUGCUUCGGAGCAAAGGCAUCGCAGGGCUUUAUAAGGGACUCGGAGCUACGUUGCUAAGGGAUGUCCCCUUUUCCAUUAUUUAUUUUCCAUUGUUUGCAAACCUGAACAAACUGGGACAGAAGAACCCUGAUGUAAAGGCUCCAUUCUAUGUGUCCUUCCUCGCCGGGUGCCUGGCCGGCAGCACAGCAGCUGUAGCCGUUAAUCCUUGUGAUGUAAUCAAGACGAGACUGCAGUCGUUGCAGAGGGGAGUCAAUGAGGACACAUACUCAGGAAUAAUAGACUGUGCCAGGAAAAUCUGGCGGAAUGAAGGUCCCACAGCCUUUUUUAAAGGGGCUUAUUGCAGAGCCCUGGUCAUCGCCCCACUCUUUGGGAUUGCACAAGUUGUCUAUUUCAUCGGCAUUGCUGAAUUCAUCCUCGACAUGCUUCCAAAGCGCCGGGAUUAAACCCUCAGCCCUUUCCUCUUCCAGUUGGAAUUCAUCAUAGUCAUCUUUGUCAGCGUGGUGUCAGAGUGACGGCGCAAACGGUUGAAGCAGUAGCAGUGGGAAUGAAUGUUGUCUCCAAACAGUUAUUUUUCCUCCUGUCAAGAUGGCCCCCACUGUUACCCCAGGGAGGAUCCCGAAUGCAUAUCUCCUUUUAAAUUAUCAGUCUCAAAGACACUGGCUAGCGCAGGCUGUCUUAGGGGCCUGGUUUUUCUCUUGGCUAGGGGAAAAUGAGCCACCCCUGUCCUUUGAAUUACCAGCACACAUCAAGAAGGAACAAAAGAACUGGACACAUCUCCCCCUGCCCCCAUUCUUGGUAUCAGGGCUCUGGGGAAGAUGAGGGGCUGGUACCCGUGAAAAGGAAGGGCCACUUUGUCCAUUGAAAAGGCAGGUAACUACUGCAAUCAACAUGUUUGCUUUUAAGCGGGUCUUCUAAACAUCCCUCCCCCAAAUUAGCUGGACUUAAAUGAACUCUUUGGAUAUUGAAGGAGGAGGAGGAAAAGGGGAAGGUGCAUCUUACAUUUUGAUUUUAUGAAAGGGACGACCUUCCAAAAUGGGUGUGCAUGGGCAGAACGCACUCCCGCCUCUUGCGCACCCGACCUCUAAGGUUCAUGUCUGUGGAAACACAGUGCUAUGCAGUGUCAUGAACUAGCCGUGAGCCAUUGCCGUGGGUGGGUGGGAAUCUGAAUAAUUUGGGGAUCAGUUUGUUUUUGUUUUUAAUGCUGGAUAAAAACAACAACAACUCAGUAAUACAUUCCUUUCAAUCAGCCUGGCUGGUGCUAGUUAGUAAUGCUGCUGUCCCGUCCAGUGUUCUCAUUGUCUGUGUCUUUUGACCUGUGCCUAGACAAUGUAUAUUCUUCUCCUGUUUCCCACUGGGACCACAGAUAAUGCCAAGGGCUACUGUGGAAAGAGUUUAUCUCUGUUAUGGCUGCUAAUAUUACAGAAGGCCAGAUGGUACAGAGGACAUAGCUCAGCCGAAAUCAGUGGAAAUUCUCUUGCACAUUUCUUGAAGUUCAGGUGCACCGAAGUCAGUGGAAUGAAUUUGUUUCAUGCCAGUUGGAUUACCAGUUUUGUUUUAUUUUUUUAAGCUGAAUUCCAAUGAAUUAUGUUUUAGGGAUGCCAGCUAGUUUUCUUAUUCAGGCUAAAAUUGGCAGCUGGGGGUGGUUUGCGUGUCUGCAGUUUCCACAGGGACCUCUAUACAUAUAUACUGUAUUCUCCCUCCAAGGUGAGGCCUGGUUUUCCUUUGUUCUUUUCAGCAGUUGUUUAGAAACAACUUUGUUUUGAUAGUAAAGUAGAAAAAACAAUGCUAAUAUUGGUGAUUUCCCAUUUGUUUCAAUGGACCAGUUUGCAUUAUCAUGGAGGGGAAAUAACCCAUAGUGACUUAUCCCUCUUGUUGUAUCAUGCGAACCCGUUAGGGUGGCUUGUUGCUAUGGAGAACAAGCCAUCAAAAAACCUAAAAUAGUCCAUGGAUUCUGGGUGGCUUGUUACCCAUAAGGAUAGGCCACUCUGGCCAGGUUCACAUGACAAGCUGCACUGCUGAGGUUAAUUAUGCAAAUUCCCCAAGCAAAUGCAAGUAAGGGGGAGGGGGCUGGAAUAAGCCAUGUCAUGGUUUAUUUCACUCUAUGUGAUUGUGCGAACCCAGUCACUGUCUUUGGCCCCAUUUCACUUAAUCUAGUCAAUUUAAUUACCUGCUUCUCUGGUGCUGACCUAGUGACCUGGUUUGCAUGAUCAAAUUGACUCACAGUGGUUUAAAUAAAUAAGCCUAAUUCAAUUAAAUAAGCCACCAUGGUUUGCAUGCACCUGUUCCUGAAAUCAACCCCACUUUGUAGCUUUUCAUGUCCUGCGACCCCAGUAAGAGUAGAUCGUUGGCAUGGUUAACAAACUACCCACAACCCAUGGGCUGUUUUAGGGUUGUGGGUGGUUUGUUAACCAUGCCAACAACCCACCUUCGUCUGGUUCACACAACAAGCUACAAGGUGGGUGGAGUUGGUUUCCUGAAUGAGUGUUUGUCCAUGAGUGCCUGUAAACCACAGUGGCUUAUCAAUUGUUCAUGUGAACCAGGCCAUUGCUACUUGAAUUUCCAGCACUGUGGGACAAUUUUUUUAAAAAAAAAAAUCUCCUAAAGCAGAGGUGGAGGAACAUGUGGCCUUCCAGAUGUUGUUGGGCUACAACUCCCAUUAGCCAUAUUUAGCAUAGCCAGUAGCAAGAAACGAUGGAGUGGCGGUUCAACAUCUGGAGUGCCAUAUGGUCCCCGUCCUUGUCUUAAAGUUUUGCAAAAAAACUUGGUUUAUUUGCAGGGGGAGGACUGCACAAAUUUUGAAGACAGUUUGGUUUGUGAGGCUUUUUGCUUGCAGUGUGGGCUUUGUUUUCUUGAUGCUCUGCCUCUGUAGAAUGCUUUAAAGGAUACUUGUAUCCCAGUCCAUAGAAAAGAAUUUUAUACACAGAUGAUGUCUCUAUUCACAACUGUUCUUGGUGUUGUCUUAAAUAUUAUGAAAGUUCAUGUCGCUGUUGGACCCUUUGAAGAGCAAGGAGAGUUUUGUUGUUAUUCUUUUUAACGCUGCAUUCAUUUUGCUUUUCCACAGUAUGUAAAUAAGGCUGGAAAAAUGUGGGGUUUAUAGAGUCCUUUCCCAACUUGCUUUGGAAAUCAGAUGUUAAAAAUCUCUCUGUUCUGGAAGGCUGAUUGUAGGGCUGCAGGUGGUGACUCACAAAAGAAUUGAGAUAAAUUGCUAGGACUGGUUUAUAAUAGGAGCUAUAUUUAAUAAUUUAAUUUGCUUCAUUUCAUGCUGCUUUUUUAUCACUGUCUUGUUCACCUUAGCAUCUAAUCAGUGUUUAAAACUUGUUUUUGCAAUAUCUAUCUCACCUGGAUGGCCAAAUGCCACUUUGAAGGAGGAAGGCCUUUAGGACUCACUGCCUUCACCACCAACUAUACUGACACAUUUGAGCACACUGUAAAAUCGCCGAUUCUCUACCAAGGCCAGGAACAUCUGCAAUGAUGUGUUUUGGUAUCUCUGAGACUGAAAUCAAACAACUCUUCAGUGUUUUGAGAAGCACAAUUUUCAGGGUGAAUUUAUGCACUUUAAAAAGCACAGAGCAGCUGAAACCUCUUUUUAAGAACCCUUUGCAAGAAAUCUUUUUUCUUUAAAAAAAUACGUUUCUCAAGUGAAGAAAAAAAAUGAAAUGGGACACAAAAUAUAACUUGUACUGGUGUGUGUGAGAUUUAUGGUUGGAAGCUUUAUUUUCAUUCCAUGUGAACCUUUGCCCGGGUGAAGGCAAGGGUUUAUGGAGGGACACUGGUGUAGACAAUCAUCUGUGCCUAAAAUAUCUUCCAUUUAGCAAUGCUGCCUCUAUUGCCAGCUGCUACUUGUCUUUCCAGGCCAAUUUCUUGCUGAGAUGUGGGUCAGCACUGCUGCUGGUAAGGGGGAAAGGACCCUCCUUUUUGGCAUAAAGGAAAACAUUCCCAAUCCCCCAUUUUAAUAAGACACAAUGAUGUUAUUUUCCAUAUUAUUUAGCAAUUGAAAUACUUAAUCCUAACAUUCUUAUUGCUAUAUUCUAAGGGCACAUCUUCACUGCAGACCUAAACCAUUCAUAUGAGUUUAAUUAAAUGUUUAAAAUGUUAGUGGUUGAAUGCUCUAUCAGAGGGCCCUGGUGCUUUCACAGGACCGCAGUUCACUGGAUUCCAAGUGAGGAGGCUGCGAAUAAUUUAAAUUUGCAGUGUAGAUCUACUCUAGUGUUGGUGCUUCCUAGCUCCCAAAAGAUAACGUCCAUCCUGUCCGCUUAUUAGAGCUUUCAAACAUAAGGUCCAGGGACUUUCAUUGGCUCUUUGAGGCCUCCCUACCCCAUUCCACAGCUAUUUUUAGGGGUGCUCCUUGUAGAGCAAAGAGACUGAUUUGGCAAUGGCUUGCCAUGGCAUCAGCUCCUUAUCCAGUCCUUUUACAUUUGCAAUGCUGAGUACUGAGUGAGUGUUGUUGGCUGGAAUCUGCAGCCAGAGUGACCACUGUGUCCACAGCGGGGCUUCUUGUUCCAUUUAUUUUUGUUUCUUUCCAGUUGCCCCUCUACUCUCCAGUGCUGCCUUUUUUCUUUAGUGUUUGUCGUCCUUGCAUGCCUGGGAAUUAUUUGCAGGUAGGCAGCCCCCAAUGGUGUGUUGGCAAGCAGAUCUGCUAAGGGUAGCCUUUGAGACGGUGGCUUGACACAGUGGGCUGGGACACUUCCUCACAACGGCUUAUUCCUUCCUUUGGCAGUGAACCAUCUGCAGCAGGAGUGAUAAUCUGGAAGUGGGAUUGGAGGGCUGAUGCUCAUUGAACUGAGAUGGAGUGGAAUCAACAUUUUCCGAGAAAUAUAUGGAAGUGGUCCCUGGAUAUCUAGUUGCAGAGUUUGGCUCUCCAGCUGAUUUGCGUCUGAUGUUCGUGAUAUACAUGGUGAUCCCUCAAGCUUAGAGUCUUGCAUUACAGUAUCCAACGUUUAUGCCAUAAAUACAUCUACCUAUAAUGCUCUCUGCAUAUCUGCUAGCUUACACAUAAAUUCGCACCUUUUGUUCUGGGUUAAUUUGGAAAUAUGCCUAACGCCCAACUGUAUUUGCAUUCACCUAUGUGAAUUACAGUCCCUGUUCUAGCCAUAAUUGAUCACUGAAAUAAUCACAUCCAAUUUUUUGUUUCUCUACAGAAGUGUGGCUAUACUAUUAUACUCCUAGUAAGAAUGGUUAAAAUGUCUUAGCCGUUCCACGCUGAGAAGCAAAUAACUUUUGAGUGCUGUAAUUCGUUCACUAAGUAGUUAUUAGCUGUGCCAAUCUGUGCUACCUCUAAACAGUUACAGGUUUGUAGUUCAACAGGGUUUAGGAUGCUCUAGUGACUAAAUGAUACCAAGGUCAUUUAACAAACAAACAAACAUCUAAGUAAAAAUGGAGAAUGCAAUUGAAAAACGAGAAAUUUGCAGCCCGUGAUUUAACAACUUAUGAAAUUCUCACUUAGGCAUGCUACUUGAGGGCAAGUGUCUAAA